GCCGCCCCUAGAGGGAGCAGCGCCUCUGACUUCCUCACCGCGCCCGCAGUCCGCGCAUUUCCCGGGGCUCGCUGCUGGGUGCCCCGCGCCCGCUGCCGAGGGGGGCGGCUUACCGGGCAGGAGGGGUGACCGGCCACGAGCAGUUUGCGGGGAGGCGGAGCAAGGGGCUGAGCCCGGCCGCCGCGAUGUCCAAGCCGCCACCUAAACCAGCCAAACCAGGACAAGUCAAAGUGUUCAGGGCUCUGUAUACGUUUGAACCCAGAACUCCAGAUGAGUUGUAUUUUGAAGAAGGGGAUAUCAUCUACAUUUCAGAUAUGAGCGACACAAAUUGGUGGAAAGGAACCUGCAAAGGCAGGACUGGACUUAUUCCAAGCAACUAUGUGGCUGAACAAGCUGAGUCCAUUGAUAACCCAUUGCAUGAAGCUGCCAAAAGAGGCAACUUGAGCUGGUUGCGAGAAUGUUUGGACAAUCAAGUUGGUGUCAAUGGUUUAGACAAAGCUGGAAGCACAGCUCUGUACUGGGCUUGCCAUGGUGGGCACAAAGAUAUAGUGGAAGUGUUAUUUACCCAACCGAAUGUAGAACUAAAUCAACAGAACAAAUUGGGAGACACAGCUUUGCAUGCUGCUGCUUGGAAGGGUUAUGCAGAUAUUGUAGAGAUGCUACUGGCAAAGGGGGCAAGAACAGACUUAAAAAACAAUGAGAAGAAAUUGGCUCUGGAUAUGGCUACCAAUGCUGCCUGUGCUUCCCUGCUUAAAAAGAAACAAGGGAAAGAUACAAUGCGAACAAUAAGUAAUGCGGAGGAAUACCUGGAUGAUGAAGACUCCGAUUAACUUCCUUCAUAAUGUCUUAAGAACUAUAACCUCUGCUGCCUGUCAUUCCCAAAUCAUAUCUUUGCAACUGUAAAAAAAAUAAAUAUCUUGAAGAGUAAUGCAGUCUUGCAAUCUCUUACUAGAACAUGUAAACAGAGGGUGAAAUCUCUUGUAUAGGGAGUACCCACCAAAGCCAUGAAUUGCCAAGUUUUAAAUCAAAGUUCCCUUGAAAUCCUCAUAUUCUAUUCUGAUCUCUUUCCCCAUCUUGCAAGGGACUUAGCUCUUUAAACAUGACGGUGUCUCAAGCUAUCCCAGCAGGUACCGAGUAUCUCUGGAAUGCACUCAAUCUUAGCUAUCCUCUGCAUCAGCAUAGUUCUUCUUCUACUGGCAGCACUCCGAAGCACCUCCUGGAGAGCGCUUUCUUUUGGAUGGGUAGGGAAAUUGCUUCAAAUGGCAGGAUGAGCAUUACUUGAUGGGGGACCCCCUUCAGGUAAGAGAUGGGAUGAUGCAGCGGUGAACGAUCAUUCUCUCCUCCACAAAGCAGGAAGAAAUAAUGUAAGGCUUGAUUUUAUUUCCUCUAUAUGGUAGAGGGUGGGUGAGGUAGAAUGGCAGGCGAAUAGCUAUUCUAAGCAGUUUCCUUUUUUACUGAUAUAGAUCCAAUCCUGAAAUAGGGAUGUAAGUGACAUCUUUAUCAGAGGCAGCAAGGGGAAGGGGGGAGACAGGAGCCGGUGCUGUGGGGAGCUGGCUUAAAAGCCAGUUCCCUCCCCAGUACCGUCACUGCGGAAGAGAGAAGGUGGCAGGGGAGGCAGAAGCGCAGCAGGAAAAGAGCGCGAGUGGAGACUGAAGCUCACGCUGGUCCGACUUCUGUGCCUCUGCCUUUUAAAUGUAGUGAGAGCCACAGGCAGCUCUUAAUACAUUUAAAAGGCAAAGGCGCAGCCAGGAUAGUGAGUUGCCCCAUCCCACCCCUUAUUGACUAAUUAAGUAGUCAAUGGAAUUCCAUCAACUACUCGAUUAGCUGAUUAAUUGAAAAUUUAAUAUCCCUAUCCUGAAAUCCUUCCUUGAGCAAAAUUGCCUCUGGAAUCAGAAUUUUGCCCCAGAAAUAAACUCAACUUUCUGACUGGAUUACUUUGCUGUUUGACUUGUAUUGGUGUUGGAAUCAUUAGCAUUGAAGUAAGGGGGAAAUAUUUUUCUAUUUAUCCUGCCAAAAAAAUUUACUGAUCUUUUGCUUUAUUUUUUAAAAGUGUUCUUGUGUUUCUCUAAAGUACUUUACCUCAGAGCUGAAAAGUUUUUGAAAAUGUUUUAUAUUAAACCAAAAGUGUAUUGAGAAGAUUGCAUAAUCUGAAUAAACCAUUUAAAACACUU